UGAUUUUACUUAAGUUCUCGAUACAUUUGCAUGAUAUGGCGGAAGCGAUGAGAUACUGCCUUUACAUUAUUGCUCAAUUAUUCCACCUGUUUUGCUUUAGCUUCCAAGGGCAGAAAUUGAUAAAUCAUAGUUUGGAAACUCAUAACAAAAUCUAUAAUGGUGUAUGGUACGAAAUGCCAGUGAAGGAACAAAAAUUAUUGCUACUCGUGAUGAGAAAAAGCAUCGAAGCUAGUACUGUGACUGCCUGCAAAAUAUAUAUAUUUUCUUUACAAAAUUUCACCACGGUUCUGCAAAGCGCGAUGUCGUAUUUUAUGAUGUUAGCAUCCUUCAAUGAAUGACUCGAUUCGAAUAAUUAUAAUAUACACAAUGAAAUAACGCUGAGAAAUUCU